UGUUGAUCAUUUCGGAUGACGUCUACAGCCUUGCGCAGCCGCAGCCCGGUAGGAGAAGAUGGUGCUUAUCAAGGAAUACCGCGUGAUCCUACCGAUCUCUGUGCAAGAGUACCAAGUUGGUCAGCUGUUCACCGUAGCUGAGGCCAGUAAGAAUGAGACGGGGGGAGGAGAAGGCAUUGAGGUGCUGAUUAAUGAACCCUAUGAGGAAGAGGGAGAGAAGGGACAGUACACACAUAAAGUUUACCAUCUGAAGAGUAAAGUCCCAGGCUGGUUGAGGUAUAUUGCACCAGAGGGAGCAUUAGUUUUCCAUGAAAAAGCCUGGAAUGCCUACCCAUACUGUCGCACCGUUAUAACGAACGAGUAUAUGAAAGAUGACUUCCUGAUAAAGAUUGAGACGUGGCACAAACCUGACAUGGGAACUCUAGAAAACGUGCAUGACUUGGAUGGUCCUACGUGGAAGACAGUGGAGGUGAUUCCCAUCGACAUCGCAGACAAAGAUGUGGUGGCCCAUGGGGAUUAUAAAGCAGAGGAGGAUCCUGCUCUGUUCAAAUCUACAAAGACAGGCAGAGGACCGCUCUCACCUGAAUGGAAGAACGAUCUGAUGAACAAGACCGACUGUCCUAAGAUGUGUGCCUACAAACUGGUCACUGUCAAGUUCAAGUGGUGGGGCCUGCAGACCAAAGUAGAGAACUUUAUCCAGAAGCAAGAGAAGCGUAUUUUCACUAACUUCCAUCGCCAGUUGUUCUGUUGGAUUGACAACUGGGUGGAGCUGACCAUGGCAGACAUCCGACGAAUGGAGGAAGAGACCAAGAAAGAGCUGGAAGAGCUGCGUAGUUCAGGUCAGGUUCGAGGCAUGAGUGCUGCUCACGAGCAGUGAGGUCGACCAACCAAACCCUUCCAUGAUGAUGAUGUCACCAAGCUCACAAAGAAGAGGAAGUCAGCUGCACUACUUCCUGUCUCCCAUGAUUCAUAUAGGGGUUUGUCCUGAUUGGUCAAUAGUAGUGUACCGACCCCCAAUCACACGCCUCCUAUUCACACUUAAAAAACGAUUUGCACAGAAAGUAAAUUUAAAUUGCCAGUUAAUUAUGAGACAGGCUUCAUUUGUAUCCAAGCCAAUCCUUUUAAUCAGACUAGAAUGUUAUUUUACAGUCCUCAAUAUAUGUUAUAGUUUCCCCCUAAAUUGGAAACGGAUCACUUAUUGGACCAAUUUGUUUUUGUUGUAAGUAUUUUGUUUCCUGUUGGAUACUGUAUCUGUCAUGGCUCUAGUUGGCUUCAUCCUUGUUUCGGUCUCCUCCCUCGAGACUAAGAUCUGUAUAAACCCUUAUCCGAGGUGUAGGGGUCUGCAGACUUGUAAUAAGUCCAAAAUGGCACGCUAUUCCAUAUAGUGCACUACUUCUGGCCAGAGGGCUUGGUCUGACAUGGGUGCCAUUUGGGAAGUUGAUUUAGCACCUCAACCCCUGUCUGACAGGUGGCUGGAGGAUGUUUUUUUGAUUUGACCCUAUCCGGGCCUGUAGCUAUCUCUUGUAGAACAUGGUUGAGUGGUUUGACAUGCAUGUAUACGAUUCUUGCCCUCUGACCGAUUUUGUUGCCAUUUGUUGUUGCAUUGCUGUCCUUUGAUCCGAUGUGUUUUCCUUUUUAAUGUGUUAAGGUUUUAAACAUUUCAUCCAUUGUUUGCCCCAAGUGAGUGUUUGCUGAGUUCAUACAUUUCAGAGCUGCUAGAUCAGCUGUCACUUGUACCUGUAGUUCAGGUGUCAUUCUACUGGGAUGAUGGAGAACAGAUGGAAUUAAACCCUCCUGCCCCUUUUGCUUUCUGCUUACCUGUAGUCACGUCACUAAUGACUUCGGGGCUAGAAUUUGGUGGCGUUGAAAUACUUAAAAGUAUUUGAUAGAUACCCAGGUCUGCUGCACCGUUAAGAGGGACAGAAAUAGAUUGCCCUUGUGACUGAUGUCUCUAGCUGUCCUGUGGGACAACCAGUUUCUACCACUGUAGUGUUGACUGUCCUCUUAUUUCAUAUUCACGGUUAUAAAACAUGGUCAGGUCCACUCCAGAGGAGUAGUUCCCAAACUCUUUCCUGGGGCCCCCUGGUGGGGGGCAGGACCGUGUUUGGGGAAAACCCUGUUCUAGAUGACCUCUAUCUCCAGUACUGUAAUUAUAUAUAGUAGGGAGCUGGCUCAAAUGGCACCCUGUUCCCUAUAUGUAGUGCACAUAUAGUAGAUAGGGUGUUGAGGUUUAGAAUAGGUUGUAUUACUCUUGAAGUUUGUCAGAUCAGUGGGCAGUCCAGACACUGCUCUGACAGGUUAGGAUUGGAGAAAGUAAUGUUCCUAGAGCUGUGACUUAGGUCAAAUGUUCCGCUUUCAGCCAUACUGUAGUUAUUACCCCUGUGAAUGUAGUGUGUCUAUGGGAUAAUGCAUGUCUUAGUAUGCAAAGAAAAUAUUUUUGUGUGGAUAAUCACACAUUCUCCAUCAGCGCAACCAUGUAGCUACCUGCUGCAGCAUUACAGAUAAGGAUAUUUGAUGAAGUAUCUACUUAAACUAACUGAGAAUUGAUAGUUUAUCCCGUUAUCUUGUUUUACAUUUUGAUCUCCAGGAUCAUGAAGCCUUGGAGUGAGAGAGACACUUAAAAGGAUAAGUUGUAUUCUUUUGUCCAUUGUGUUUCUCCUAUUUUUUUGGGAUGUUUUUUGUUGUUGAUUUUAGCCGUUCCUGUUGGGUCGCACAGCUGCAUCUACACAGGCAGCCCAGUUGAUAUAUUUUUCCCUCCACAUCCCAUCAGCUCAUCUGGCUGGUCAAAAGAUGAGAAUUGGGCUGCCUGUGUAGAUGCAGUCAAUGUGACCCAUAACGAGUCUUUAUAGAAGUACCAGUGAUGUGAGCCAGGGUUAGAAAGGCCUAAUGGAGCAUCACUUCACUCAGUCCUGGGGGUCCCCAGAGGUGCCCCUUUUUCAUUCCAUCCCUAAAACUGAAUUAACUCGUUUUCACCAAGCCACUGAUUACUUUAAUCAGGUGUGUUAGUGAUGAGCUGGAGAAAAACUGUGUACCCCCCCCCCAGGAAUGGAUUGAGAAACACUGGCCAUCAGUCCAUUGUAUCUGUAUGGUCAUCAUGCCUAAGCACUUGCAAAAUAAAUUUCAACAAUGCAUAUAAAUGUAUAUUUUCUGAUCAUGUAGUGAAUGUAAAAUGUUAAUAUUUUUGUUUUUCACAGCUUCUGAGCUGUGGCAAGGUCUAGACAAUAACAGAAUAUCUAUUAAAAUUUAACACAAAACUCCA